GACGUGUCGGAUCCCCUUCUCUAAUGGCAGCAAACGAGCUGUGAAGAAGACGAGGAAAUUGAACUCCGACGAUAUAGUAAAAUUAGAAAUUGAAAUAUUUCUUAAACUAUUAAGAACAGGGAUAAAAUUGGAAUAAAAAAUCUUUUGUUUUCCCUUCCCCUUCCUUACACUCCAAUUCGGGGUGUAAAAAAAUCUCUCUUUCAUGGGUAACGAAGGUUAAAACUUAUCCUUCCUUAUCUUUCCUUCCCUUUUCUCACUCCUUUCCAAAUGAGGUUUAAAGUAUCUCUUCCCCUUAUUUCUCUUUCCUUCCCCUUCUCUCAUCUCCUCCCAAACAUACCAUUAGUGGGCCGCGGAAAAGCCCGUUGAAGUUAUUCCAUUGAGCAAGGAAAAAUUUUAUUUUUGUUUUCCUUUGCUUUUUCUUUUACUUCUCCCGUCGCCGAACCCGUGCCCGACACUUCUUCUUCUUCCCCUCAUCUUCAUCUUCACCGAACCCGAUUCUUCUCCCCUCUUCUCACCUUCUCUUUCUCUUCCGUCCCUUCCCAAGCGCCGGCGACGCUCGAGCCACCGCCGGCCGAGCUCCUCUCCCGAUCCCUCAUCUCUUCUCCUUGAUUUCCAGCAGCCGAUCCGCUGUGACGACGCCAUCUCCCUGCCAAGUCGUGAUCGCGGCGACGAGACGAGGUCGAGCUCGCCGGCGUCGCUCACCUCACACCGACGGAGCCUCCCAGUUUCCCCUCCGAUCGCCGAGCAGAGACACUUUCCCUCUGCCCUAGCUCCCGAUUCAUCGCCGACGAGUUCUCGUCGUCCUGAUCCGAGGCGCGACGCUCGUUGCCCUAGCUUUAAUAAGGCGUAAUAAAUGUUGUCAAGUGGCCUGAUUCCCUCUCCAUCUCCUCCCAAUUCUUACAAGUCUGUUGUGGUUGGUGGCACAUUUGAUAGGCUUCACCAAGGCCAUCAUUUGUUCCUCAAGGCAUCAGCAGAUCUAGCCAGAGAUAGGAUUGUGGUUGGGGUUUGUGAUGGACCUAUGUUGAGCAAAAAAGAGUAUGCUUACUUAAUAGAACCUAUUGAGAAGCGCAUGCAAGGUGUGAAGAACUACAUUAAGUCCAUGAAACCUGAGUUGACUGUUGAAGUGGAGCCAAUCACAGAUCCUUAUGGUCCAUCUAUCAGGGAUGAACAAUUGGAGGCUAUAGUCGUGAGCAAGGAGACAUUGCCUGGGGGAAUUGCUGUUAACAGGAAAAGGGCAGAGAGAGGGUUAUCACAAUUAAAGAUCGAAGUAGUAGAUAUAUUGCCUGAGGAGUCUACGGGAAUCAAAAUUAGUUCUUCAACACUCCGAAAAAUUGAGGCUGCAGAAGCCUUAAAAAAUCAGCAGCUUGACGGUGGCUCGGAGGCAGAUCCUCUGGCUCCAAGCGAUUAGAAGUUUGAUACUCAAAUCAGGUUAUGCCCGACUGGUGCUUUUAAUAAUGAGAGUCAGAUAUUAUAAAUUAAGAUUGUACUCAAAGGCUUAAUGCCUCUUGGCUGCAUGAUAAAUACAAGCUAAAAUUAAACAAGGGCAAUUGUUGGAUGUGGCUUUGCAUCUAACAAUUUACAGUUAAUGCAACACAUCCUGUUGCUUCACAUCAUUGGAAACUAAAAUUCAAAGCGACGCAACAAUAAAACAGUCGAAUUCAUUUUUGUUCUUA